AUCAGUGUUUUAUAUUACCUGCUUUACUUAUGAUGGCUGUCAGAUCCGUUACUUCUAAGAUUUCCUCUACAUUAAAACCUCGUCAUUUGGUGAGCAUCUCCCAAUUAACCAAUGAUGAAUUCAGCUCCCUUGUUAAUAAAGCCCAACAUUUCAAACAGAUUGUGAAAUCGGGUGAAACCAGUGUGGAAAAUCACCAAAAGUUAUUGGGCAAGUUAGUUGCCUUGUUGUUCAGCAAGAGAUCCACCAGAACCAGAAUAAGUACCGAGGGUGCUGCUGCUUUCUUUGGUGCCCAACCCAUGUUUUUAGGUAAGGAUGACAUUCAACUUGGUGUUAACGAAUCCAUGUACGAUACUACUAGAGUUAUUAGUUCCAUGACUUCCUGUAUCUUUGCUAGAGUCAACAGACAUCAAGAUAUCUUGGACUUGUGUAAAGACUCCUCGGUGCCUAUCAUCAACUCCUUAUGUGACAAAUAUCACCCAUUACAAGCAAUCGCAGACUUGUUAACUAUUAAGGAAGUAUUUGGAGAAACCAAGGGUUUGAAGUUGACCUGGAUCGGUGAUGCCAACAACGUCAUUAACGAUUUAGCCAUUGCUUGUCUUAAAUUGGGAAUAAACGUGUCUGUUUCCAUUCCAAAGGAUAUCAAGUUCGACACCGAUGUCCAACAAGUUGCUGAAGAAUUAGCCAAGGAACAAGACUUGUCAUUUGAAAUUGUCAACGACCCAAUCGUCGCUUUGAAGAAUGCCAAUGUUAUAGUGACCGACACCUGGAUCUCCAUGGGAGAAGAAGAACAAAAACAACAAAAGUUACAACAAUUUGCUGGUUAUCAAAUCACCAAGUCUAUGAUUGAAAAGGGACAAGCUGCUUCCAACUGGCAAUUCAUGCAUUGUUUGCCUAGACACCAUGAAGAAGUUGACGAUGAAGUUUUUUAUAGUGACAAGUCGGUGGUUUUCCAAGAAGCUGAGAAUAGAUUAUAUGCAGCCAUGGCUGUUAUUGAUGGAUUUGUUAUCAACAAGGGUAAAUUGGCUUAAUUAAUGAUUGUAAAUAAUGACAUAUUUAACUAAAA